UGAAUCACAGACUCACCUCUCGCUCCUCCCUGCUGCCGUGACUACAUUUCCCAGAAGGCUGUAGGUAGUAGAGUGACGUCAACGGAAACAGAUCACGCGUUCCUUCCGGUUGUGCGUGUGUACCGAGCGGAGCCGAGACCCAGCGGAGCCUGAAUCCCGAUAAGACAAGAUGGCCGGGCUGCCCCGCAGGAUCAUCAAGGAAACUCAGCGCUUGCUGGCAGAACCAGUCCCUGGGAUAAAAGCAGAGCCAGAUGAAAGCAACGCACGUUAUUUUCAUGUGGUCAUUGCAGGUCCACAGGAUUCCCCCUUUGAGGGUGGGACAUUUAAACUUGAACUAUUCCUUCCAGAAGAAUAUCCAAUGGCAGCUCCUAAAGUACGUUUCAUGACCAAAAUUUAUCACCCUAAUGUAGACAAGUUGGGAAGAAUAUGUUUAGAUAUUUUGAAAGAUAAAUGGUCCCCAGCUUUGCAGAUCCGUACAGUUCUGCUAUCAAUCCAGGCUUUGCUAAGUGCUCCCAAUCCAGAUGAUCCUUUAGCAAAUGAUGUAGCAGAGCAGUGGAAGACCAAUGAAGCCCAAGCCAUAGAAACAGCCAGAGCAUGGACUAGGCUAUAUGCCAUGAAUAAUAUUUAAAUUCGCUCUGAACAUCAAGUGUGCAUCACUUCUCCUAUUCUGCCAAGACCUCUUCUGUUUUUUCUUUUGUUUGCAUUUAAUGGACACAGUCUUAGAAACAUUACAGAAUAAAAGCCCAGACAUCUUCAGUCCUUUGGUGAUUAAAUGCACAUUAGCAAAUCUGUGUCUUGUCCUAAUUCACUGGUGUAACGCAUGAGCAGAGGCUAGAAAUGUCAUCUGGAUUGUUGUGAAAUUGUUUAAAAGCAGCAGCACAUCUCUGCUUUUAAUAACUUUUUCCAUCAUGGUUCAAGUAUAAGCACUGUGAAUGAAGGUAGUCAGGGUUAGCUGCAGGGGUUUUUGUUUCAAUUUUGUGAGCUCUUCCUCUUCCCUUUUUUUUAUGGCGAUGCUAAACGCAUUGGUUAAAGCAGCUAACCAGAUACACUUUAGGAUAUGCUCUCUAGCCAAGUCUAACUUAGAUGCUGUAGAUGGACAGGCUUGAUUGUUUGAACAAAAAUGGGAACAUUAAACAUCCAUCACCUUCAGUAAUAAUAUUGUGAUUCUGCUGUCAAGUGUAGAAACCGCCUUUCAAGAAAAAGCUUGUGACCAUUUUGUAUGGCUUGUCUGGAAAAUCUUCUGUAAAUCUUAUGUUUUAGUAAAAUAUUUUUUGUUAUUCUA